UCAAAUAGCCCGCCAGAGACGAAUUACCGGCAUAUGACGUCACUAAGCUUGCAGUUGUUUAUCUGUCUGCUACAGCAUGUUCGUGAAAAAUGUCAACAAACGCGUUUGAGAAACUUUCCAAUGAAGCUUUUGAACUCUAUUUAUCAACGAGCGUAACGCACCUGGAAGAAUUACCGACUUGCUUGGAAUUCUAUCGUAACUUUGUGGCCCAAAAUCGACCUGUGAUUAUUCGUAAUGCUUUCGCCAGCUGGCCAGCCCUAUCGAAAUGGAACAUUGAAUAUUUUAGGCAGCACUAUGGGACAAAAGAUGUCACAGUCACCGUCACCCCUAAUGGCUAUGCUGACGCUGUCACGGAUGGACAUUUUGUCCUGCCCCUAGAAAAAGUAAUGCCCAUAGAUCAGUUCUUGUGUUCACUGGAAAACCCUGUUGAAGAUAGAGUUCACUACAUCCAAAAGCAGAAUUCUAAUCUCACACAAGAGUUUCCCGAACUGAUUGCAGAUUCUGCCAAUGAGAUUGAAUGGGUUUCUACACUGUUUGGUGCCAAGCCAGAUGCUGUCAAUUUCUGGAUGGGAGAUGAGCGAGCAAUCACAUCAAUGCACAAGGAUCCAUAUGAGAAUAUGUACUGUGUUGUUUCUGGCCACAAAGAUUUCAUCCUACAUCCCCCUACAGACCAGCCCUGGAUACCUUAUGUCAAUUAUCCCACAGCUGGUUACCAAGAAGUUGAUGGCGAAUUAAAAAUCGUACCUGAAGGUGAUGGAGCUAUUCCCUGGAUAGACAUAGACCCAUUAAAUCCAGAUUACAACAAAUAUCCCAAAUACAAAAAUGCUCGACAAAUUCACUGCCGCGUUCACAAAGGUGAAAUGCUUUACCUGCCUUCUCUUUGGUUCCACCACGUCCGCCAAUCGCACGGAUGCAUAGCCGUCAACUAUUGGUACGACAUGGAGUACGACAUCAAGUAUAACUAUUUCGAAUUUGUCAAAGAUUUAAUCAAUGCUCACGUGUGACGAGUGCAAAAAAAAAAAU